CUUAUUGCUUAGGCUCUGAUGUGUCAAAUCAUCUCUGUCUCUCUCUUUCAUCUAGAUAGUUCCGUCUGGAUUUACCUUUUCUCUUCAUUUCGUUAGUUGCAAAGGACAGAGUUACAGCUGCCAAUCGUCUUACCCAUCCUCAAGCUGCAUAAGAACAUCUGAAUGUGUUGGAGAUGGUAGUUGUAGAGAUAUCAUGAGGACAAAAGGGACAGUAUGUCGAUCUGCUAAUGACAUGUGUGAUCAAACAGAAAAGUGUGACGGCAGGCUUGGGAUUUGUCCUGCGUUUGUAGUUGAUUCAGUUACCGUUACCACGGGCACUGUGAAAAUCGUUGACCAGAAUUUCCACAACACAAUUUUCUACCAGCAUGUCACCGAUAAACUUUUCAUUAAUAUCUCUGGUUUCAAUGUAUCGUGUGGAAAAAUGAAUCUGAGAUGGUUUCUUCUGCCAGGAGCGUCCAGUUGCUCCGGUUCUUCACUCGCAAACGGUAUCAUACAAAGCACCAACAACCUGCAAACUUUAUCUGGGUUGACCUUGCAAGAUGGUAAAAGCUACAAAAUUUCCAUUGCUGCAUCUGACUUGAGGGACAAAAUACAACAUCGUGAAUGCAGUUCGGCUGUAAUCGUCGACACUUCAAAACCCACACAUGGAUGGGUUCACGAUGGGGAAGCGGAUGACUUGGAUUAUCAAUCUUCUAAGCUUUUCCAAGUUAACUGGGGAGGAUUUCAAACCAGAAAUGGUAUUGACAACUACGAUUGGAAGGUUCUUCUUACCUCAUAUGGGAAGGUUCGACAGUAUCCUCCAAUGAUUGUUGCUUUUGUAGAAGUUGAGGAGCCACGGAAGGAGUUAAACGAAGCAACAAAUGUUGCUACAAGUUUUUCCAAAGGGGGCUUGCUCCUGAGAAAUAACACCAGGUACUUUGUAAUUGUUAAUGCAACUGAUGGUGUUGGCUUGAGUACAACUGCAGCUAGUGAUGGUGUUCUAAUUGACACCAGCCACCCAAUCAUAGCUAAGAUUUACGAUGGAAGUCAAACUGGAUCUGACGCUAAAUAUGCAACCUGGAUCAAUACCUUCAGUGCAAAUUGGGAACCCUUCCUAGAUAUACACUCGUUCAUCUUGAAAUACACUUGGGCAGUAUAUCAUCUCAACGUCGGCUUCAUAACACAAUUUACCUUUACUGGUUUCAAUCGAUCUGGAACUGCAAAGAACCUUAAGCUUGUUUCUGGAGAAAAGUACUGCGCUGUUGGACUGUCAACGACGGAAGCUCUAGAGAUGUGUCUUACCAAGUUGAUUCUACCAUGA